CAUAACUAAAGAACAUGAUUGCGUUUUAAUUGUUUUUGAAAGGAAGCCAAAAACGGCAAAAUAUAAAAGAAAGCGCGUUUCGAAACCGAAACCCAACAGCGUUUAAAGCGAAACUCCGUAACGGCGCCGUUACAAGUCUCCGUCACACUCGAAACGGGGACUACAACCAUAAACUCCGUCCCCUCGCGAAGGAAUAAAAAAUCUCAUCCGUUGAAAUAAUCAACGGCUCAUGAACCCUUCAACUCUCCUCUCUCUUUCUCUCUCUCUCUCCCACCAAAAUCUCCUCUGCUUUUUUCUAAUAAGAAGCGAACCAAAAAUAGAAAGAAGCAGAGAAGUCCGCACACAGAGAGAGAGAAGAUGAGCGAGAGAAAUCUCAACAGCAAGCGAGAAUCGCGAGAGCUUGAAGCUUCAAGCACAAGCGUCUCCCCGCUCCAGAAGAAGAAGAAGCUCGAUGAUUCUUCAGCCGACUCUAAUGCCGUCGUCCUCGCGAUUCCCUCUCCUUCCGUAGCUUCAUCUCAAGGUAGAUGCUCUGUCACCUCUGACGACGAUGAUAAAAGCUCUAUCGUCAGCUCCGGCUGUUUCAGCAGUGAAUCGAACGAAACCGUGAGGAACAAUCCAACCUCUGGUGCAGAUCUGGAGGAUACAGCGAGCGAGGCUUUGGGAGAAACAACAGAGACGGAAAUGGAAUCAUCAUCGCCGGCGUUGAAGAGGGAUAAUAAACCACCGGAGGUGAGCAAGAUUCCGACGGCGGAGGAGAUCGAAGCAUUCUUAUCGGAGCUAGAAGGCGGCGAGGAUAAACAGAAGCGAUUCAUAGAAAAGUACAACUUCGAUAUCGUCAAUGACAAACCGCUUCAAGGUCGUUACAUGUGGGAUCGACUCAAGCCAUGAAAGCAUGUGGAGGAAGAAAAAUAAAAUUAGGUUGUUUUCUACUUAUAUUCCACUUGUACAGCUCUUUUUUGGUAAAUCAGUUUUUAGCCGUUCGUAUAAACAAAGGAAAAAUACAACCUUUAUAUCGGAAGUUUCGGAUCUUGAUCAAGUAA